AUGCCCAGGAAACGUGUCCAACUGCCGAAAAAUUCGCCGAACGAACGGAGUUUCACAAUAUCAUCACUGGAAUUUUGUUUAUCGCAACUGCGGAAAGCCGAUCCGAAAUUAGUGAAAAAAGCGAUAUCGUCAGGCGACGGACUAACCGAGUCGAAAGGUAUUCGAUCGGAAUCGACCAGAAUUCCCACGGUAAGAAGUGUGUUUUUUUCAGAUGAUGUGAGCACGCGGCUCUCGGAAGCGCAUCGAUACGCCGUUCAACAAUGUCUGGACAACUCGGAGCAAUUGGCCCAACUCCAUCACCAACUAGUGCAUUGUGAUAAUGUUUUUGAGGUCAGUGAUCUUCAGAUUUCGGUGCGAAAAUAAGAAAUCAUUGUUUUCAGCGUCUCCAAGCAACGCUCUACGGGUUUCAAGCAAACUUAGGCACCAUUGGUCAAGAUAUGAAAAAUUUGCAGCUGCAGUCACAUCACAUUCAUCAGGUUCAUCAUAAUUUACCACAGAAUGAGUAAUCGUCUCGUUAAAGGAGCUCGAAAAUCGGCAGAAAGUGCGGCUGGAGUUGAGUCAGUUCGUGGAUGACAUCGCCGUUUCGCAGAAGAUGAUAAAGGCGAUCAAUGACACGGAUGCGAACGAAAGAGGGUUUUUGGAGGCACUUCAUGAGCUACAUCACAAGAUCACACUGAUUGUGCAGAGAGGGAAUGGGGAUGCGGUGGCUGUGAACGACACGAUGCCGAUUUUGGAGGGAUUGAAGCAAAAGGUAUGAUUGAUUGGCUCUAGUGAAAACUUGAUUAAUUUCGUGUUAUGCCAAUUUCAUAGGAAGGGACGAGAAAUGUAAAAAAAUUUUGAACGAGUGAAAUUUCAUUGAUGACAUUUUAUUCUACCCUUCUAUCCUCCGUAAUCCCUCUCAACACCGGUCCUCAUUUGUGAAAAUCCUCUCACUGACCCCUUCAACCCGAAAACCAAACUAUUGCAGGCAACAAUCAAAGUUCGUGAAUGGCUACUGCAGAAAAUGUUCCAGUUCCGGAAGCCGCUCUCCAACUACCAGGUGUUCCAGCAUCAACUGCUCAAGUGCCGUUUCUUCUAUGAAUUCCUUCUUCACCACGAUCUGAUUUCUGCCAAAGAAGUGAGCGAUUGCAGCAUCCACAUCACGAAACCUAAAAACAUGUUGUUUUUCAGCUCCAAGACGAAUACAUUGACACCAUCAGCAAAAUGUUUUUCACUUAUUUCAAAGCGUACGCCACUCGACUCUUCAAGCUUUCUGUGAGUGAGCGUGCCGGAAAUAGGCAAGAAAUAGUGUUAGUUGAAAAGAGCCACGCGGCUAUAUAAUGUUGGCUCCGUUUGAAUCUCGGUCCGGAAAGCGUGUGACUCAAGACUUAAACAUUGCAUUUCCUUUAGAUGAAAGACGUCGCCACCAAAGACGACACACUGGGAAACAUCGACUCGAGCAAGUCAGCAGGCUUGAGCAGCUUAUUCUCGUCGAGGCAGCCUGUUGUGCGCAACAAGGCCACUGUUUUCUCCAUCGGACAGCGACAUCUUAUUUUGGGCGAAGACUUUCUCGGAGCCCUUAUUGUUCCCCAUGCAGCGACUCAAAGUAACCAAUGGGUAAGCCAUCUUUGUGCUUUGUCCUUUUAAUAAUAACUCUUUUUGCAGUAUCAGUUCGAAGCGCUCUUCCGCUCCUUGCAACUGGCGUUCGUUGACCACUACAGCCACGAGUACCUCUUCCUCACCGACUUUUUCCUGGUCACCAACGAUGAGGCGGUCGAUUUGCACAACAAGGCGAUGGCUCGGUCGAUGAUGGUCGUGCUGGACAGUUGCAGAGAACAGAUUUCUUUGAGUUGGGACGCGAUCAGCCUCCAUUUGUGCCUGUGCAUGUGUGACAAGUUCAUAGAGAUGCUCGCCGAGCGGGAAGUGCCGGAAUUGCCCGAAUACUGGAACAAUGUGACGAGUCUCCUCUGGACUCGGCUCAACCUCGUCAUGUCGCAGCAUUAUGAUAGUGUCAAGUCGGUGGAUUUGAAGAAAUUGCAGCACGCCGGAUCACUGGAUGCCCGACCUCAUUUCGUAAGUUUCAUUGAUCGGUUUCCCCGGCUUGUGAGGAAAACCGACCAGCGAACUUACAGAUUGUUCGCCGAUACGCCGAGCUGACGAGUGCGCACUUGCUGAUUGCAAGAACAAGUGAAAAGGAGAUGGGCGACAAGAUGGAAGCGGUUUUGGAGAACAGCGAAGAUUCGAUCGAGCAGUUGCUCCUAAGAAUGUCGGCAAUGCAAUCGACACAGAAGAACAAGCACGUCUUCCUCAUCAACAACUACGAUUUGAUUCUGUCGAUUAUUGAUGAUGAAGAGGGGAAGCAUAGCAAGAUAUAUGCAAUUGUGCACGAGUUGGAGCAGAAGAGCAUUGAUGAUUUUGUCGAGGAGAUGCUCGAACCGCACAUUGGCUACAUGAUAAAGUUCGUGACGGAGUGCGAGUCCCUGCUCAAUCAGGGACACACUCAGUUGCUUGUCAGAUACAACGGUAAGCGGUUAUGCUUUUACCGGAAAAAUAUGCUCUCAUUUCAGACAAAAUCGGCACAGUUGUGGCGAACUUCAAUGCAAAAUGGAAGCCGGCCGUCGACAGCAUCAACUCGGAAUGCAUUCAACUUUUCACCAACUUCAGCCUCGGCACCACUAUUCUUCAGGUAGAAAUCGAAGUUUUGUCAAAAUUAUCCCCGUUUUUUCAGACAAUUUUCACCAAAUACGUGCAGUACAUCAAUCGCUUCACUAAAAUCUUGUCCCACGACGUGUUCGUGAAGAAUCCGGUGUGCUCGCAGCUCGUGAAUGUUCAUCAAGUGAUGCUUGAAAUCAAACGAUUCAAGCCAGCAUACUAG